UAUCUCCUUCUCUAUGGUAGCAGUUAUGGCUCUCCAGCAGGAAAGCCAGUCUGGCAUUUUCCGGAAAAGGUUUAUGAGAAUGAAGAGACACUACGCAAGUGUGCAGAGUCUGCCUUAAAAUCUGUUAUUGGAGAUCUCUCCAAAACAUAUUUUGUCGGAAAUGCACCUUUUGCUCAUAUGGUUAUACAAUCAACAGGAGAUGCACCUGAUCUUCCUUCAUUUAAGCGAUUCUUUUUCAAGUCACAAGUUAUUGCAGCUAACAAGUUCAAGAUUGGUAAGUGCGAGGAUCAUGUCUGGGUAACCAAGGAUGAAUUGAUGGAGUAUUUUCCGGAGCAGGCUGCCUUCCUUAACCAGAUGAUCAUCAGCUAAGUGCCUAAGUCUAUGUAUAAUCUCCAUCAUGAAACUGCCAUUAGGGUUUUUCAGGCAAUUAUUACUCUUCAGUUUGCAAAUUUUCCUCUGAAGUUCUUUCUUAUAUCCAGUGAUUUGGCAUGGAUUUCAUACUUGACAAAAUUAACUUGUAAGAAUGCCAUGAGGACCCAGAAAUCUGAAUAUUUAUCAAGCAUUCUUUUUGUGGUUCAGAAUC